AACCCUAGAAACACACAAAUAAAGUGUGUGCGGCUUUCCUCAGUCCACCAGUCCACCAGUCCACCAUUGUGACGCUGUAUACAUAGAGGUGAAGGUAAGACACCUCUAUAUGUGUGUGUGUGUGUGUGUCCUUGAGAGGAACUGUUUCUCCUCCAGCCUGGAGAGGAUGGAAGUAGAGGAGACAGUUCCUCGGCGUCGCUGCUACUCAGGCUACAGCAGGCACACUUGGUCCGCACAGCUCCCGGCUCGAGACAGAUGCAGCCAGUUGGUGUGGGUCAACAGAUGGUACACCCCUGACAACCUCAGGGCAACGGCUCCCGUCCCGAGACACAAGUUCCUUGCGCAGCCCCAGCCAAGUCUCUCCUCGGUCCCAGAGCACUGGGUCCCUCCAUCCGAGGCCCCACUGAAGUCUUUCUCACGAGCCGAGGAAGAGAGUGGAGUGUUUGCGUCGGCUCAUUCCUCUCGCUGUGAGGAGUGGUCAACACUGAGACAGAUGUUCCCCUCUCAGGGCCACUGUGUGCGUCACAGUCCUCCCAAAUGGGGCACUGGUUUCGCCGCUCCUCCCUCCUGGUCCCACAGACAACCUCGUCGCCUGCCACACAUCAACAGCCCCAUGACAAACUAUACUGACGACAUGCACCUGACAAACAGAUUGUUCCGUCUACAUUGAAGCUGAAGCAACACUGCAUCACAAACAUUCCAUGUUGACACAGAGCAAUUUGUCGUACAACUUUGUGUGUAACAACGAGCGAGUGGAGUGAUCAAAUAUAAU